CUCAAAUUAGAGAAGCAAAUUCAAAGAAACAUACAAUAUAAUGGCCUUUUGCAAAGUUGGUAUCCUUUCCCUUCUCCUACUGUCUGGUAUAAUUCUUCUGGGAAUUGAGGUGGAAUAUGGAAAUGCACAAAAAAUGUGUCUCCAGGUUUGUGACGAUGAAGUUGCUUACAUGACUUGCCCCUCUUCAGGAGACGAGCAAAUUAGUCCUGUUUGUGUCAACUGUUGCACAGCAGGUGAAGGCUGCAAAUUAUUCCGCGCUGAUGGAUCGUUAAUUUGUACUGGAACCCCUGAAUAAUAUAUUCAUCCUUUGCUUGUCAAAAUGUAACGAUCAAAUGUUUAUUUUUUGUAUUCAUGUGUGUAAUAAGGCCUGAGUUAUUACUCUGGCAGUUUCUAAUGUAAUAUAUAUGUUCAUCCUUGCUUAUAAUUUGUAUGAGGUUUUGAAGAUUUCAAUAACAAAUGGUAACUACUAUUAUAUUA